AUGGCUGAGCCAAGAGAAUCCGAAGAGGGCAAGGCAAAUGUGAGCCAAAUGGAGCGUGUCUUGACAGGCGGUUCCAAUGGAGGCCUCGAGAAGCCUGUUGCCAAGAUUGGCAAGGUUGACGAGUUUGGGGCGCAUACCAAGACUGACCCCCAGGAGAUCGCCCUCGUGAAGAAGAUUGACUGCUACAUUUUGCCUAUUUUAUGGAUCAUGUACUUCUUGAAUUUCCUCGACCGAAACGCAAUGAUCAAUGGCAAGCUUGACUCGCUCUCAAGAGACCUUAAGCUGAAGGGAACUGAAUAUAAUACUUGCGUAUCCAUAUUAUUUGUUAGGUACCUGUGUGAUCAGAUCCCAUCAAACAUGAUCCUGAACCGAGUGCGACCAUCCUGGUACAUGGCGGGCUUCAUGUUGACUUGGUCGAUAAUUAGUCUCUUUACGUACCUUGCACACGACUACAAGACAAUGUUGGUAUGCCGAUUCUUUCUCGGUAUCACAGAAGCUCCGUUCUACCCUGGCGCACUCUAUAUGCUAAGCAUGUUCUAUACCCGCAAAGAAAUUGCGACGCACAUGGCUGUCUUUUACACUGGCAACAUGCUAGCCAGCGCUUUUUCUGGGCUGAUUGCGGCUGGCAUAUUCGCCGGACUUGAUGGGAAGCAGGGCCUUGCAGGAUGGCAAUGGGAUGGUCGAAAUCGGCUAUUCAUUGUCCAGGGUGCUGUCUCCAUUGGCGCUGCGUUGGCGGCAUUCUACUUCCUCCCCGAUACUCCGCUUCAAACCCGUUGGCUCAGCCCGGAGCAACGACAAAUGGCACACCAGCGCGUAUUUGAUGAUACGAUCGAUCGUCGCGAGGGUGGCACUAGUGUCUGGAAAGGAUUGCGCGAGGCUUGUACCGAUUGGAGAACAUGGCUCUUUUGCCUCAUGGUUAACCUGCACCUUUCAGCCAAUGGUUUCAAGAACUUCUUGCCGAGCGUUGUCCAAACCUUCAACUACAACACCACAAUCACAUUAGUUCUCACGUGCCCGCCGUACAUUCUAGCUGGCAUCAUGAGCAUUGUUGUCUCGCAUUCCUCAGUCCGUUUUAAUGAACGUACAUGGCACACAACAGUGAGCAAGCUCAUUUUUUGUGCGGGCUUCGCCAUGGCUGUGGCCACACUCAACACCACUAUUUACUUUUUCCUAAUGGAAUUUCAGGUGAACAAUAUCAUUCUCGGGUGGACUUCAGCAACUUUAGGCCAGACGGAUGAGAAGAAGGCCGUUGCGAUCGCCAUGGCCAACACAUUUGGCAACCUUGCUAGCGUCUACACUCCCUACUUGUGGCCAGAAUCAGAUGAGCCAAGAUGCUUGACUGCAAUUCUUGCUAGUAUCGGCUUUUCUCUCGGUGUCGUUGUUUGCGCCUGGAUCAUGAGAAUUGCGCUGCAAAGGCAGAAUAGGAAAACCUUGGCAUCUAUUCCAGAUGCCAUGAACUUGUAUGUCUACUAA